AUGCGCAAGAAAACCUGUCUGACAUGCAAAUCUCGCAAGGUGCGAUGCGAUGGAGUUCAACCUGUCUGUAGUCGCUGCUCGAAGUCAAGUCACUCCUGUCGCUACGCUCAACAUCGGUCUAGGACCAUCGCCUUUCGACAUAGCAAAUUGUCGACUCUCGUAGCUCAAGCAGAAGGAUUCACCCAAAAUGCUGAGAUAGACGUUUCAGUCUCAACACAGCACCCUGCAUCUACUCCGGUGGUGAUAGAACCCACUCAAGUGCCAUCAACGUCUCUAUUUCCUACUGGACCGGUGGUGUUUGCUCUCCCCGCUAACGACCGAGCCCUACCGCAUAAUGUCAUUCGCUAUCCUGCCUCUGAGUCAGGAGAAGCAACAUCGAGUCCAUCCUUCCCACGAAACCCGUACACAGUUUCGCCGACUGCACCAAUCCCCAGGCCUGGUUUCUUCUACAGACAUGCGCUUCGGAGACUAACAACCAUAGAGGGCGAACUAUUACACUUCUUUGUGCAGAACAUCGGACCCUGGCUAGAUGUCACCAGCCCUGAGCGCCAUUAUACAUAUACCGUUCCUCGACUAUCGCUCCAAUGCACCCUCCUCCACACAGCCAUCAUGGCCUGCUCCGCGCACAUCCUCCGCCUCCUCAACCCCGAGCGAACCGAGCUGUCAUCCGAAGAAGACAAAUACCAAUCCACAUGCAUCAAUCUCCUCAUCCCAAUCCUCAACGACGUAGGCUCAGCAGUCCAGGACGAAGCCGUGCUCGCCACCAUCACCAUCCUCCGUAUGUCCGAGCAAUACGACGAAUACCACAUAGACCGCCAAUGCCACCUAGUCCCAGGAUCAUUCGCACAUCUCGACCCUUCUGUGCAAGCAUCCACCCGCACAGGGGGGUCUACUACAAGCGACCUUCUACUCCUACGUGCGGGCUGA